AUGGAAGGUACCUCGCUGAGCCCUGUUGCUCCUGAUAAGCUGCCUCUUCAGCUGGAGGGCGAAUCGCCCGUGAACAAGGACGUAGUGUUCUACCGCAACGGAGUGCCCUACUACAACAUGCGCACUUUGAGGAAGUGUCCGACUCUGGCAGCGGGUAAAAGCAUUCCAAUAUUUAUCAGGGACAUAAGGGCAUGUGUUAGUCUCAAGAAGACGUACGCGCCUUACGUGCCUUUCAGUCUGAGCAACAAGUCGGUCAAGAUGCUGGGGAACGUGCCCAUCCAGUCGGUCACCAUAUGCGGCCAGUGGACCGCUACAAAGGUGUUUCAACUACCGAAUAAGCCCGAUUUGCGGUUUAUAUAUGUUAAGGACAUGUCGUCGCAAACACCGAUCACGUGUGUUGUGGACUCGGUGGUCUGGUCCAAUGGAAAGAUCCCUCGGAUGUUGGAAGAAAACUGUUUGCUUCUUGUUACCGGUAGGAUCAAAUACUACAAACGGGACAAUACUAUGGAAAUGGAAGCACGAGCGAUUCAUUUUUAUCACGAGCUGAACUUCCUGGAGAAGGAGAUAGCAUGGGCUAAGUUCGUACUGGAGCACAGAAGGAUGUUCUUGGCUCGGUACGAUUACCAUCCCGAGAAAACGCAAUUACUAACAGAUAGACUACGACGUGACAACAACGUUGUAGGGCUAUUUCCUAAACCACCAGGACCGAUCAAUGUACGCAAAGUUAUACCAAAAAGGUACACGAUCACCAGGUACGAUACCCUCAAGAACAGGCGAAAACGCGGCCGUAAGCGCAAGGUACCCAAGUCAAAAUUUGGCCUGAGCGAACACUUUAUCGAAUCUUCAAAGAUUCGCAUUCUUCUUUGGAUAUUGGAGAGGUCUACUACGAGCAAUAGCUACGACAAGAUUGCACCGGUGUUUGUCGAGACUCGACCUUUCAUUAACCCGGAAAUACGACGUCAACUAUUCAACAAAUCGGUGUCUAUAUUGCAGAAAGCAGGGAUUUUGAAGCGAUUUGAGAGAACCAACAUCCAAGUUUCUCCUGCGUUUGUGAGGGCCUUUGAUGCUGCUGCGCUAGAGCUCAUUAGGCUUCACCAUAUGCGCAAGUUCGAGCUUGCGAGUAUACUAGAAGAAGCGGAAAAGCACGCUGCUACCAGAGAUCAAUUUCAGAAGUUUCUGUUUGAGAGGAUUGCAAAGACGCAGGUCUUCAAAUUCAAACUCGCCAAGUUCAUUAAUCUGAAAAGUCGAUGUGCACCGACUUUUUCUGACGUUCUAUGGGCCGAAUUGAACCAGGGCAUUAUACCAGAGCAAGACGGGUUUUCGUGUGAUGUUAAGUACAAUGGGAAGAUGUUGAUAGAGUGGGUAAUGGUGGAUAAAUAUCGUUGGGCUGGGAGGUUUACGUACAUUACUCUUGGUGAAAAGUUUGGCGGGAAUGAUUGCAAUCAGAUGAAAGAAAAGAUCGUUUCCAUGGUUUGUUCUGAAGCAUGA